AUGAUAAGAUUAUCAUCAACUUCAUUAUUUGUACAGUUUAAUAGUAAUAAAAGUAAAAGUAUAUUAUGUAAAAAUUAUAGUUCUUUUUUAAGUAAUAAUAGAUAUUUUAGUAAUAGCAAAAAUAAAAAAGAUAUAAAAGCAGAUCAAAUUGAAGAUAAUGAUGAUAAUAACAGUGAUAAUAAUAAUAAUAAAAAAGUAAAAAGUUCAAAAAAUGAAAUAUUAAUUAAAAAGUUAACAUCAUUACCUGGUUCUAAUUUAAAAAAAGCAUUGGGGGAAAUAAAGUUGGGUAAAUUGGGAAGUAAUGAAACAGUGGCAAAGUUUAAAGAGGAUAUCACUGAUACUAGCAAUCCAUCGAACAAACACGUCAGACAGCUAGACGAAGAGCGGUGUUCGUUCGACGGUGUAUUCUGGAUCGAUUCAGAGUUGCAGUUGGAUCGGUGUUUCAAUAUUAUCAAUCACGAACACGUCAUAGCGAUCGAUGUCGAAGGUCUGGAAAUGGGUAAGCAAGGUGAGAUAUCUCUGGUGCAAGUUGGCUUGAUGAGUGGACGUGUAUUCCUGUUCGAUGUGCUGCGACUGGGACAACAGCUGUUUGACCGCGGUCUUCGUCAGAUCCUCGAAUCCAACAACAUACUGAAGAUCGUUCACGACUGUCGCAGAGACAGCGAGAUUCUCUAUCAUCGUCACCAACGUGCAGUCGAUCUCAAGUACGAAGCGAGACAGCAAUUCACCGAGAAUCCCGCUGAGAUCUGGGGAAAGCGACCACUCUCGAAACUGAUGAUCGACUACUCUGCACUGGACGCCAUCGUUUUGCAUCCGAUCUACAACGUUAUUUCACCACAACUGCAGAGUCCAUUCGACAGACGUUUUCUCAAAAAGAAUUUCAAAGAACAACUCUCUUACUUUAAAGAUACAAACAAACAAGAUCUCUACGCAAGAAAUCUUAUUUAA